GCUCGCUCUCGGUUGGCCCGGGCUGUGGGGGGGAGGGGUUUCCCGGGGCUCGCUCUCGGUUGGCCCGAGCAGACCUCGCUGCUGGGACUCGCCCUACUGCACAACAACUCGCCGCAGUGACCUGCCCUGGGCAGGCGGUGCCAUGGAGCCCGAGACCCGCAGCAUCCAGAUUGAGUUCCCACACUAUGCUGCGGUGCUGCUGGAAUCGCUCAACAAGCACCGCUUGGAGGGCAAGUUCUGCGACAUCUCCAUCCACGUGCAGGGCCGGGUCUUCCAGGCUCACAAGAGUGUGCUGGCCGCCUCCUCGCCCUACUUCCAUGACAAGCUGCUCCUCAACGACACCAACUGCAUUGUGCUGCCCAGUGUCAUUGAGCCCGAGGCCUUUGAGAAUUUGCUACAGCUCAUCUACUCUGGCCGCCUCAAGCUGCUGAUGGAGGCACUGCCCAGUCACCUGCUGGUGGCCAGCGGACUGCAGAUGUGGCAGGUGGUGGACCAGUGCUCUGAGAUCCUUAAAGAGCUGGAGGGGGGCCCCUGCCGACCCUGGUCCAGCCGGGCAAGCGAGAGCCAGUCCCCCAGUAGCAGCAACUAUUUUGCUGUGAAGGAUGAUGGGGAGCCUGGGGGCAGCAGCUCAGAGGGGCCUGGGCAUGGUGGUGUGUCAUCAGGCCGGGCAGCACCAGGCUGCCUUGACAAUGAGGUGAUGAAGAUUCGGGUGUCACAGGAGGAAGAGGAGGAGGAAGAGGAGGAGGAGGAGCAUCAGGCCCAGAUCUGUAGCGGCUCAAUGGACAAGGCGGUGAAGAUUGUACUGGAGGAAGAUGAAGAGGGUGGUGGCAGAGGUGGCUCCAAGGGGCCGUCUUCAGGGGAGCUGGACAGUGCCUUCCAUGGCCCCCGUGACCACCCCAAGAUCUUCUACAUCAAGCAGGAGCGCUUUGACCCUGACGAGGCAGCAGUGGCAGCACUGGGAGGUGGUGUGAGUGCUGCAGGUGAGGCCAGCUUUCUCAAGUCGCUGGCACAGGGGCGGGCAUUGGGCAUGGCUGAGGUUCAGGGCCUGUGCCAGGCAGAGUUCCAGCCAAGCAGUGAAGUCAGUUACAUAAUCCCUGCUGCAGGCAGUGGUGCCACCUCCUCCUCCUCCAUCACUGCCCCUGGCUUCACCAUUAAGGCCCAGCCCCUCUCCUCCGAUGAGGCCGGCUUCCCCCAGAGCUCCUGGAAGCCAGUGGACCUACACGGCAAUGAGAUCAUUGCCCAUGCGGUGCAUGGCCAGGUGGUGCAUGCGCCCGUUAAAAUUGUGACGGCGCCGGAUGGAAAGAAGUUUGGCUGCCUUUGUGGCAAGCGCUUUGCCGUCAAGCCUAAGCGUGACCGGCACAUCAUGCUGACCUUCAGUUUGCGCCCCUUCGGCUGCUCCGUCUGCAACAAGAAGUUCAAGCUGAAACACCACCUGACGGAGCACAUGAAGACCCACGAUGGGAACCUGUAUUCAUGCGAGGACUGUGGGCGCAAGUUCCGUGUGCAGAACUGCUUCCUCAAGCACAAGGAGCUGUGCAAGGGCCAGGGCUGGGCCACUGCUUGCUGGACCUACAAAUAAAACCUGGGGUGGGACUGAGUGGAGGACUCCUGCCAGCCUUCUCUAGGCCUGAUCCAGCCCCUGAGCUCUGUUGCUCUGUAUCCUUGCGGAUCUGCCUUCCUGAGCUUGGUAACCUGCUCCAGGGCCCCGGGGACACCAAAACAUGAAGGGACACAAAUGGGAGUUGGGCAGACCAGGGGAUUUGGCCCCAGCAUGUUGGCUUCCCAUGCUGCUCCAUGGCUUAGGGUUUCUGACAUAUAGAACUUGCCAUGGGUCAAAGGAGGGGAGAUAGAGAAAGUGAGAGAGCCCCAGGCUAAUGUGGGAGCUCAGGGCAGGAGGAUGGAGCAAGAGGCUGAUGAGAACCUCAAGGCUGGGGAUUAACAGCCACAUUACAUCCCUAUUCCCAAUCUGGCCCUGCCCUCCUCUGAAAGGAUACCGCUCUGUUGUGGGUGGACUCACUGAGCUGAGUCUGGGCAGAGCUGUGUCACUGUUCCUGCCUCUGGGUUUAUAAGGCACACUCCCAGGUGUGGAUUCCAUGGCUGCCACCUUUCCUUGGGAUGUGGGAAUCUGCAGCCCAACCAUCCUAGCCACCAAAACCAGCACCUCAGCCUUCCCCAGCCCUCAGUUGCUUGUACACAUUCCCUCAGAAUCUGCCUUGCUGUGAGCGUUCAGGGCAGAUAACUAACCCCUUAGGGACAAUAAGGUAGGUAAGCAAAAAACAUAGGCUCAGCAAAGUGAUUUCUUAACCACAGACACUUUACUCUUAAAGCAGUGGAGUGUUACAGAUCUGUGAAAACCACAGUCCUGAGCUGCCCUCCAGUCUGAUCUUACUCCUUCCGCGAGACUGAGUUCUGGUCAGUGUUCCAGACAUGGCCGAGUCCCUACUGCCUUCUUCCCAUCAAGCCUGGUCUUGUGGAGUGUGGCAGGGGGCAGCCUGCCCUUCUCCGGGAGCACUCCCCUUAAACCUAGUCUCUGACCCUUUUGGACCAUCUGGUUUUGCCCAGAUUUCCUGGUCCUGCAGGGAGGCUCCCACUGUCACGCCACCCUCAUUCAAACCAGGCCCAGCGUGAGCUCCCCCUCCUGCCAGAGCAGCUCAGCCACUCCAUUCCCAACCCCUUCAUUGUGCCGUGAGGCACAUCCCAGGCCUGGGGACUCAGUUUCCCCUGUGAGCCCAGCACAGGACUAGGGUGGGUUGAGGACAGGGGUAGAGGCUGGUGUGAAUGUGCUGUACACUAGAGAGUAUGGGUCUUUGCGCACCCUUCUAAUGACUGGUGCACAAAGCAGGUGGCAGAGUGACAUGUUCAGAGCAAGCGGUAGAGGUCAGUUUUGUGGAGCUGAAGUCCCUGAGUCACUUUCACCGUGACCCAUGUGGGGUGGGGUUGUCAGCCCCUCUGCAAUCCCCUUACCCUGCUUGAUUUCUCCCCCUAUCUUCUGGCUUCAGCAGCCUCACCCAUUCUUGUCCCUGGCUUCCUGCUAUGGGUGUGUUCCUUACUGGACUUGUUUUCUUUGUCCUCGUCUUCCCACCAGUUCCCUGCUGUGGUUCAUGCCCUUUCCCACUGGCAUCACUGGCCUGGGUGGGAAUCUCUUUCUUUGAAUAACACCUUGAGCCUUCUCACUGAGCCAAAGAGGGAAAGCCAUUCCCUUGUUUUUAAGUGUAUGCACCUCCCUGGGUCCCCCUGCAUGGGCUGUGCACACACAACUCUUCACCGCAGCCUCUGCUAUUGGUGGUUAAGAACAUAAGAACAGCCAUGCUUGGUCAGACCAAUGGUCCAUCUAACCCCAUAUCCGGUCUUCUGACAGUGGCCGGUGCCAGAUGCUUCAGAGGGAAUGAAUAUGACAGGGCAGUUUAUCGAGGGGCCAUCCUCUGUCAUCCAGUCCCAGCUUCUGGCAGUCAGAGGUUUAGGGACACCCAGAGCUUGGGGUUGCAUCCCUGAUUAUCUUGGCUAAUAGCCAUUGAUGGACCUGUCCUCCAGGAACUUAUCUAGUUCUUUUUUCAACCCAGUUAUACUUUUGGCCUUCACAACAUACCCUGGCAAUGAGUUCCAUAGGUUGUCUGUGUGUUGUGUGAAGAAAUACUUCCUUUUGUUUGUUUUUUUUAAACCUGUUGCAUAUUUAAUUUCAUUGGGUGACCCCUAGUUCUUGUGUUACGGGAAUGAGUAAAUAACAUUUUCUUAUUCACUUUCUCCAUACCAUUCAUGAUUUUAUAGACCUAUAUCAUAUCCCAUCUUAGUCGUCUCUUUUCUAAGCUGAACAAUCCCAAUCUUUUAACUCUCUCUUCAUACGGAAGCUGAUCCAUACCCCUGAUCUUUUUUUUUUUUUUUAAGUGUUUUUCUAGACUUUUUGCAAUUCUAAUAUCUUUUGAGAAAGGGACUAGAAUUGCACACAGCAUUCAAGGUAUGGCUGUACUGUGGAUUUAUUUAGUGGCAUUAUGACAUUUUCUGUCUUAUUAUCUGUCCCUUUACUAAUGGUUCCUAACAUUCUGUAGCCUCUGUGUUGGGUUCAAGGAUUUUAAUUUCUUCCUUGUUGACUAGCUCAGAAACACUCCACGUGGAUGUGAAUCAGAUUAGCUUGUUCCAGAGCAGGGUGCCAAGCUUUUCUGACCCAAGUAGCUUCAGUUUUCUGCAUGUUUUCUUUUGUCCCUGCCAGGGGGGAGACUGAGCUAAAUCUGGCCAUCUCAGCAAAGUGAUGGCUGGGGAGGGGAUAGGGUUGUAACUACUAAUGUCUGAAGGUUGCCAGUGCCAAGGACUAGGGCGAAGGGAACCAUGUAGGGCAGUGGUUCUCAAACUUUUGUACUAACCCUAAAUUUAAAAACACUUUUUAAUAUAUUUAACACCAUUAUAAAUGCUGGAGGCAAAGUGGGGUUCGGGUUGGAGGUUGACAGCUUGCGACCCCCCCCCCCCCAUAUAAUAACUUCAUGACCACCUGAGGGGUCCUGACCCCUAGUUAGAACCCCUGACGUAGAGGGAUCCAAAUGGAGAGAGCUGAGAGUCACUGGCCCAGGAGCUCUGAAACAAUCCACUUGCACUGAGGGACUGGCAGGAUCCCUUCCCUAAGGGGAGGAUCAAUCUUGCCUUGGGCUGUGGGAUACAGAGGCCCAAGGAUUGUUCAGAAACACUAGCAUGGAGGGGAACACGCAGGGACAGUUCUGUGGAGAGGGAGGGUUGAGGAGAGGGGUGUGAACCAAUUAGUGCAGGGUUCUUGUGUGUAGCGGUUGUACAAACCCAAAUCUCUAUAUUGUAUAAAAUUUUGCUAUGGAAUCUAA